AUGAGGGAGGAACUCGUCAAAGCUCUUGUGAGCGAGCUGACGUGUGAGAUCUGCUAUUCAUUGUUUUUCGAUCCAGUUACGACACCCUGUCAACACACUUUUUGCUCCAAAUGUCUCUUGCGUGCGCUGGACCACAGUGGAUUGUGCCCUCUUUGUCGGGAUGAGCUUCCUGGAUAUGCGUUCCAUCAUAACCACCCCAGCAAUACGAUUCUUGAUAAUCUCAUUAUGACGCUGCUUCCGGAACAGUACGAACAACGCAAACAAGCCUAUUUAGCCGAUGAAUCCCUCGCGUUAGGCACCAAUGGAGUCUCAGUCCCUAUAUUCCCCUGUGCUCUCGCAUUUCCCGGCAUGCCCAUAUCUCUCAAUAUCUUCGAACCGCGAUACCGUCUUAUGAUUCGCCGCUGUCUUGAGAACGGGACGCAUUCGUUUGGCAUGACUAUGCUUCCUAAUCCGAAUACGGGUGAGGAAGUUAUGUAUGGGACGAUGUUGGAGAUGAAGAGCGUUAGGAUGCUACCGGAUGGGAGGAGUGCCAUCGAGACAGUUGGCUCGUAUCGGUUUAAGAUCAAGGAGAGGGCCUGGAUGGAUGGGUAUAUCAUCGCUCGUAUUGAACGGGUCGAUGAUUACACCCCGGAGAUGGAAGCGAUGAUCGACAGAAUGCCCAUGUCUUCUGAAGAACUUGUGGCUGUUUGUCAUGCGUUCAUCGAAAGGAUGAAGAAACGUGUUGCGCCGUGGGUGAUUCAGAGGAUGAAUGAGACCUACGGACCAGUACCAGACGAUCCAGCGAAGUUGAGUUUUUGGAUGGCUUUGGUUCUCCCGGUCGACGAUUACGAUAAGGUCAAACUUCUUCCAUUAAGGUCUCCUCGUCUCCGGCUUCGGCUGAUCGUGCAUUGGAUCGAAGCAAUGGAAUCACAACAUUGGUGGUCUAAUAGUGGGUGCGUCAUCAUGUAA